AUGGCUGCGAAACGUCUUUUAGAUGAUUCUGAUCAAGACAAACACAAACGUAUCAGAACUACAACAACACCUUCUUUUGCCUCGGUAAUAGGAGAAGUUGUUAUGGUGAAAAACAUGCAAAACCUUUUCUCUGGCUUGGAACCAUUACUUAGAAGAGUGGUGAACGAAGAAGUGGAGCGAGCAAUGAGACAAUGUUAUCCAUCGCGAUCAAUAACAAGAUCACCUUCAUUGAGACUUCAAGCAAUGGAACAUCCAUCAAGUUUUCAAUUCAUUUUCAAAAAGAAGCUUUCACUUUCAAUAUUCACCGGUAGUAGAUUACAAGACAUGGAUGGAAACUCAAUCAAUGUCAUUCUUGCUGACAAAAGCAAUGGCCAAAACGUUCCUACAAGUCUACCUCCCCCAAUCAAGAUAGAAAUUGUAGUUCUUGAUGGAGAUUUUCCAUCUAGUGAAAAGGAAUCAUCAUGGAAUAGUGAAGAAUUCAAUAGUAAUAUUGUGAAAGAAAGAAUCGGGAAGAGGCCAUUGCUUACCGGAGAAUUGAAUGUUACUAUGAGAGAUGGAAUUGCACCAAUUGGAGAUAUUGAGUUCACCGAUAAUUCAAGCUGGAUUCGUAGCAGAAAGUUUAGACUUGGUGUUAGAGUUGUGCCAGGGACUAAUCAAAACGUUCAAAUUCGUGAAGGCAUGACUGAGCCUUUUGUUGUUAAGGAUCAUCGCGGAGAAUUGUACAAGAAACACCAUCCACCAACUCUAAAUGAUGAAGUGUGGCGGUUAGAGAAGAUCGGAAAAGAUGGAGCAUUCCACAAAAAAUUGACUUUGGCAAAAAUUACAACAGUUCAAGAGUUUCUCAAAUUAUCUGUAAUUGAUCCUCAACGACUCCGAAAGAUAUUAGGCAUUGCAAUGUCAGAGAAAAUGUGGGAUGCAACAAUGAAACAUGCAAAGACUUGUGUAAUGGAAAACAAAGUUUAUGUGUACCGUGGGCCUCAAUUUACCAUUCAUCUGAAUGCGAUAUGCCAAAUGGUUAGAGCUUAUAACAUCAAUGGCCAAACCAUUCCCAACAGAGACAUUAACAACAUCAACAAGAGCUUGAUACAAAACUAUGUGAGAGAAGCAUAUGCUAGAUGGAAUGAGUUGGAGGAAAUUGAAGAAGGUUUGAAUGAUAAUGUGGAACCAACUCAGUUUCAAAACAAUAAUAAUCAUCAAUCAUCAGUUAUAGGAUAUGAUCAGAAUCAGUAUUUUGGUGAUAAAUGUAUAGAGGGUGGCAAUUAUGUUGCAAACAACAUUAAUAGUAAUAAUUCAGAAAUUGGGUGUAUAGAAUGGUCACCCUUUGCCACUUCACUAUUCAUGAAUGGAAUGCAUUAUAGUUUUCCAGAGUCACAAUCAGAUGGUGGUGAUAUAACACCUUCAAGUUCAGGACCAGUCAUUGGUGGAGCCUCCUCAAGGUGGCAUUGA